GUUUCAAAGACAUCAUAGCCACGCACAAUUUGCAGUCUUGCAGAAGCAUUGUAUGGUGAUCUGACAUGGUAUAAGAUUUUAAUCAUCAAAUGAAUUAAUGCUGAUUUUAGAGGUCUGUUCACAAACUCCAAUUGGUUUAUAUUCCAAGAAGAUAAAGUUGACCAGAUUGGAACAAACAACAUAGUUAGCAGGAACAGAAUUUUGUCUAGAUCCUAAAUUGAAUUUCAGGCAGGGAGGAAAAACUAUCUGCCUGUAGGGAUCUUGGAGCUGAUGUUGUCAUCAAUUAUAAGACAGAGACUCCGUUGCACGAGUGAAGGAAGAAAUAGGAGAGAAAGGUUUUGAUGUCAUAUAGAUCAAAUUGUGGGAUUGUACCUUCAGCGAAACCUGGACAGCUUAAACUUUGAUGGAAGGCUUUUCCUCAUUAGCAUAAUGGGUGGAGCUAUAGGAGAAGUAAAUAUGAACAGUAUGCUCAAUAGGCACCUCACAACUCAGGGUACCAACAAAUUUGUAGCUAGCUGUUCCAGAAUCAAUUCUUGACGGCGACGGAGCACCAUCAAAGAGACAAAGACAGAACCCACUAAAAAAAGAAAGAAAGGGGAAAAAAAAAGUUGGCAUCAUCAUUUCAAUUUGAGCGCUCCACACACUUCCAGUUCACUCUCUCCAAAACCCUAAACCCUCUUUCUCUCUCCGCCUCCUUCCUCCGUCGGAACCCUAAUGGGAAUGGGACACUGUAUUACCCACCUCGACAAACUCCCUCUCACCUGCCUCUCCCAUUCCCCUUCCUUCUCCUCCUCCACUUCUUCUUCUCACUUUAAACUUUUUGCUCCGAAAACAACCUUCCGAACCCGUUUCUUCCCCCUUCCUACAACCUAUGGUAAAAGGAACUCCAUUUUCUGUUCUAACGAAAACCGCCAUGUGUCCUCUACUGCCGCCGCAGCAGCUGUUGCUGCUCCCGUUCCCGCUGCUGACACCGCCACAAAGGUUGGAAAACGGAUGGACAUAAAGAAGAUCCUGAUCCUUGGAGCUGGACCAAUCGUGAUUGGUCAAGCGUGUGAGUUCGAUUACAGUGGAACGCAAGCAUGCAAGGCUCUCAAAGAAGAAGGGUAUGAAGUUAUUCUAAUAAACUCGAACCCUGCUACUAUAAUGACUGAUCCUGAUAUGGCUGAUAGGACCUAUGUUACCCCUAUGACCCCCGAAUUGGUUGAGCAGGUUCUCGAAGCUGAGCGCCCCGACGCUCUGCUUCCCACCAUGGGUGGCCAAACUGCCCUCAACCUCGCUGUGGCGCUCUCUGAGAGCGGCGCCUUGGAAAAAUACGGUGUGGAAUUGAUUGGGGCGAAGCUGGAGGCUAUUAAGAAGGCUGAGGAUAGGGAUUUGUUUAAGCAGGCUAUGAAGAACAUAGGGAUUAAGACCCCGCCUUCCGGGAUAGGAACCACCAUUAGGGAGUGUAUGGAAAUUGCCAAUGAGAUUGGCGAGUUUCCGUUGAUCAUUAGGCCUGCUUUUACGUUAGGUGGAACGGGUGGUGGGAUUGCAUACAAUAGGGAAGAGUUUGAGGAGAUUUGCAAGGCUGGGAUUGCUGCUAGUUUGACUAGUCAGGUUUUAAUUGAGAAGUCCUUGUUGGGGUGGAAGGAGUAUGAGCUUGAGGUUAUGAGGGACUUGGCUGACAAUGUGGUUAUUAUAUGUUCCAUUGAGAAUAUUGAUCCUAUGGGAGUUCAUACCGGUGACUCAAUCACUGUUGCACCUGCACAGACCCUUACCGAUAAGGAGUAUCAGCGCCUUCGAGAUUACUCCAUUGCUAUAAUUAGAGAGAUUGGGGUGGAAUGUGGGGGAUCCAAUGUGCAGUUUGCUGUCAACCCUGUGAAUGGUGAGGUGAUGGUGAUCGAGAUGAAUCCAAGAGUCUCAAGGUCCUCGGCCCUGGCGUCGAAGGCUACCGGAUUUCCGAUAGCAAAAAUGGCAGCAAAGUUGUCCGUAGGCUAUUCACUGGAUCAAAUCCCAAAUGAUAUAACAAAAAAGACACCGGCUAGUUUUGAGCCCUCCAUAGAUUAUGUGGUUACAAAGAUUCCUCGGUUUGCUUUUGAAAAGUUCCCUGGUUCAAAGCCAAUAUUGACAACGCAGAUGAAGUCUGUUGGUGAGGCAAUGGCUGUAGGUAGAACCUUCCAAGAGUCCUUUCAAAAAGCUGUCCGCUCACUGGAACACGGAUACCCUGGAUGGGGUUGUUCAAAAGUGAAAGAGUUGGACUAUGACUGGGAACGAUUGAAGUAUAGUCUUCGAGUUCCUAACCCUGAACGCAUCCAUGCCAUAUAUGCUGCAAUGAAAAAAGGCAUGAGCAUUAAUGAAAUUUUCGAGCUGAGUUAUAUUGACAAAUGGUUUCUCGCUCAGCUCAAGGAGCUAGUUGAUGUGGAAAAUUUCUUGAUGUCCCACAAUUUGUCUGAUUUGACAAAUGUUGAUUUCUACGAGGUUAAGAAAAGAGGGUUUAGUGAUAAACAGAUAGCAUUUGCAACUAAAUCUGCUGAGAAGGAAGUUCGGUUCAGGCGACUGUCUCUGGGUGUUACUCCAGCAUAUAAGCGAGUUGAUACCUGUGCUGCAGAAUUUGAAGCUAAUACUCCUUAUAUGUAUUCCUCUUAUGAUUUUGAGUGUGAAUCAGCUCCCACUAAAAGAAAGAAGGUUUUAAUUUUGGGUGGUGGACCAAAUAGAAUUGGCCAAGGGAUUGAGUUCGACUAUUGCUGUUGUCAUGCAUCCUUUUCUCUUCAGGAUGCAGGAUAUGAGACAAUCAUGGUGAAUUCAAAUCCUGAGACAGUCUCUACAGAUUAUGACACCAGUGAUCGUCUAUACUUUGAACCCUUAACUGUUGAAGAUGUUCUGAACAUUAUUGACUUGGAAAGGCCUGAUGGUAUCAUUGUGCAAUUUGGAGGUCAAACACCAUUGAAAUUGUCUCUCCCCAUACAACAAUACCUGGAUGAACACAAGCCAGCAUGUGCCAGUGGGCUUGGUCAUGUACGCAUUUGGGGAACAUCCCCUGAUUCCAUAGAUGCUGCUGAGGACAGAGAAAGGUUCAAUGUGAUGCUCAAUGAAUUAAAGAUUGAACAGCCAAAAGGAGGAAUUGCCAGGAGUGAAAAAGAUGCACUUGCCAUUGCGGAAGAGAUUGGAUACCCAGUUGUUGUUCGCCCUUCCUAUGUUCUGGGAGGUCGAGCAAUGGAGAUUGUUUAUAGUGAUGAUAAACUUGUGACUUAUCUUGAAACUGCUGUUGAGGUGGAUCCAGAACGCCCUGUAUUAAUUGACAAGUAUUUAUCUGAUGCCAUUGAGAUUGACGUUGAUGCACUGGCUGACUCACAUGGCAAUGUGGUCAUUGGUGGGAUAAUGGAGCACAUUGAACAGGCUGGGGUACAUUCCGGUGACUCUGCCUGCUCUAUUCCCACAAGAACUGUUCCAUCUUCUUGCUUGGAGACAAUCAGGUCAUGGACUGAAAAAUUGGCGAAACGACUGAAUGUCUGUGGGCUCAUGAACUGUCAGUAUGCAAUUAAUAAUUCAGAGGAGGUAUUUUUGCUUGAGGCCAACCCUCGUGCUUCUCGCACUGUCCCAUUUGUAUCAAAAGCAAUAGGCCACCCAUUGGCUAAAUAUGCUUCCCUUGUCAUGUCUGGAAAGUCUCUCUAUGAUAUAGAGUUCACAAAAGAGGUCAUUCCUAAAUAUGUGUCCGUCAAGGAAGCUGUUCUUCCCUUUUCAAAAUUUGCAGGCUGUGAUGUGCUUCUAAGUCCUGAGAUGCGAAGUACUGGUGAGGUCAUGGGUAUUGACUCUCUGUAUAAUACUGCAUUUGCUAAGGCUCAAAUUGCUGCCGGCCAGAAGUUACCAACUUCUGGUAUUGUGUUCAUUAGCUUAAAUGAUUUAACGAAGCCUCACCUUGAGAAGAUCGCAAAGACCUUCGUCGAGGCUGGUUUUAAGAUUGUUGCUACUUCUGGAACGGCUCAUGCUCUUGAAUCAGCUAAUAUCCCAGCUGAGAGAGUGCUGAAGAUGCAUGAAGGUAGGCCUCAUGCUGGUGACAUGAUUGCCAAUGGAGACAUUCAGCUGAUGGUGAUAACGAGCUCUGGUGAUGCACUUGAUCGGAUAGAUGGUUUAGCUCUGAGAAGGAUGGCUUUGGAUUACAAGGUUCCUAUUGUCACAACGGUUAACGGAGCUAUAGCAACUGCUGAAGCAAUAAAGAGUUUGAAGUCCAAUUCUAUCAAAAUGAUUGCUCUUCAGGACUUCAUUGAGCGUAAAGAGUGAGAAUAGUUUUGCAGGCAGCCUCUUUCUCUCCGAAGUGGCUAUGUGAUAGAUACCAAUUCUUGUGAGAUUGUACAUCACAUCUUGCUCAAUUUGGGAGAGUGGCAAUUGUAUUUGGAUUGAGAUGCUUUCAUUUGUAGAAUCAAAACAGACGAAAACAAAUAUGAAAGGACAUGUAGUAUGUUGACCCUGUUCCCAACUCCUCCGCAUAGAGCAGUCCUUUACUCCUUUUUUGAUGGUAAAGUUUUCGAUUUGUAGUAUCUUGACCUGACUCCUCAUAAAAGCAGUUGUCAUGUUUUGCAAAAGCUUUUGUAACAUGCUGGAUUCAACUUAUUUGUAAUUAAUCAUUUUAAUAUAACAAAUGCCACACCUAGUGUGAUGUUGCUUACCCUUAUCAAGCGACACACUAAAGUCUCAAACUAUAGACUCUGAAGAGUGUGUACAUGCCUAAAGCUAAUAAAUGUGAAUGUAUGGAAUCAAUUGUAUGGUUUUUAA